AAAGGGAAAUACUGAGAGAGGGCAAACAAAUCAGGAAACCGCAUAAGCACGUCAGAACGAGAUAAAAAGGCAAGAAAACUGAACUUACUAAACAAAUCGCUCCAACCUUAUUUUUAUCGAAACUCUGUUCCUCAAUCGCACUUGUUCUGUUUCACAAAAUAAAACUAACUCACCAAGAAAAAGGGAAACCAAACCACACUGUUCUUACACAACACCAUCACACCAAGAAGAAGAAGAAGAAAAAGAAUCUGAAGCGAAAAGCCCCAAUCCAAUCGCGCGUUCCACAUAUGUAGGAAGAAGAGUUCAGUGAUGGAGAGAAGAAAAUGAAAAGGCGUGAGAUCGCGGAAAGGGUGAUCGUAGAUGCUUGUCUCGGGAGUGUCCUCAUCAUCAUGGGAUCUCAAAUGGCUUCUGCAAUUCGUGUUCUCCGCGUUCGUCUUGGCGAUGGGGUUGCACGCGCUCGUGAAGAACACCGCCUCCAAGUACUUCGAGGUUGACGCCACUUUCGAAGGGGAACAACACCAGCACCACCAGCACCACCGCCACGACGCCAUGCCCGGACUUCUCAUGGACGAUUCUGUCUGCGCCGUUUGUCGCAACCCCGGCAGCAAGAAGUGUUCGCGAUGCAAAUCCGUUCGUUACUGCUCACAAGCAUGCCAACAGGCGCACUGGAAAUCUGAGCAUAAGAUGAGAUGCAAAGAGUUUCAGAAGCAAGGAGUUUCACAAAAUGGAUUAAUUAAUCGAGGGUUCAAAGCUUCUGCUGCUGUGAAUAGAAGUACAACAUCAAUUGCUCUCAUUCCCGAAUGUGGUCGCGGAAUUUCCAGGCCUAUCAAGCAGCUUAAGGAUGUUCUUUUUCCUUAUGAUGAUUUUGUCAAUUUGUUUAACUGGGACAAACCAGGAUUUCCUCCAUGUGGACUGUUAAAUUGUGGAAACAGCUGCUUUGCCAAUGUUGUUCUUCAAUGUCUCUCUUUCACAAGGCCACUUAUUGCUUACCUAUUGGAGAAGGGACACCGGAGUGAAUGCUGUCAUAAUGAUUGGUGCUUUCUAUGUGAAUUUGAAACCCAUGUUGAAAAAGUAAGGCUAAGUUCUAAAGCGUUUUCUACAAUGAAUAUUCUGUCUCGUUUGCCUAAUAUUGGUGGUACACUGGGUUAUGGAAGACAAGAAGAUGCACACGAGUUCAUGAGGUUUUCCAUUGAUGCCAUGCAAUCAGUUUGCCUUGAUGAAUUUGGUGGAGAAAAAGCUGUUCCUCCCAAGCUUCAGGAAACAACUCUUAUCCAACACAUUUUUGGUGGCCACCUUCAAUCUGAGGUGAUUUGUACCGAAUGUGAGAAGAAUUCUAAUCAGUAUGAAAAUAUGAUGGAUUUGACAGUUGAAAUUCAUGGAGAUGCUGCUUCCCUGGAGGAAUGUCUGGACCAGUUUACUGCCAAAGAGUGGCUUCAUGGAGAUAAUAUGUAUAAAUGUGACGGGUGCAAGGGCUAUGUCAAGGCAUGGAAACGUCUCACAGUUAAACGAGCUCCAAAUAUUCUUACAAUUGCCUUGAAAAGAUUUCAGAGUGGGAGGUUUGGGAAACUUAACAAGAGAGUAGCUUUCCCGGAGACUUUAGACCUUAGCCCUUACAUGAGUGAAGUUGGAGAUGGAUCUGAUAUUUAUAAGCUAUACGCAGUCGUGGUACAUAUUGAUAUGCUAAAUGCUUCAUUUUUUGGUCAUUACAUCUGCUACAUCAAGGAUUUCUGUGGGAACUGGUAUAGAAUAGAUGAUUGGAAGGUCGUUGGAGUGGAGUUGGAAGAGGUGCUUUCUCAGAGCGCUUAUAUGCUGUUGUAUAGCAGGGUUCAUGCUCGAGCUUCAGGACUUCAAAGUAUAGUCUCGCCGGAGACGGCAGAGGUGCAGCCUAGCUCAACUGAACACGCCGAAUGCCUCCCGGAAUCGAAAACUGAGAAUUACAGUAGUCCAGAAAUGAUUGAAGACAUGCCUUUGGCUGAAACAAACUCCAGAGUUAAAAGAGAGCAGUCGAAGGAUGUUGAAAUUAUUGAUGUAAACGAUCAUGUCUCUGUCUGUAACGGUGUUGAAUCAUCAUAUAUGCACGGUUCUGAAGCUGACAAAGACAUGGGGGACGUAGAAGAUUCAGAUGGAUCAAAUACAUGCUCAUCUGUUUUAGAAGAGAUUUCAGUCUGCAUGGAAGAGCAAGAUGAGAGUGAUUUGGCUAAGUCGAUUCCUACUUUGUCUGUGCCUAAUAAUGGCUCUUGUGUUUCAGUGGAUUAUGAAAACGCAAGAGAAGAUUCAGAUUCAAAUCAGGCAGAUGCGAUUAAAAGCAUAGUGACAGCAAAUGGCUUUGCAGAUCAUAGCAACGGUUAUGUCAGUGCAAACAGAUACGAUGAUGUCCCAGUGGAAGACGGUGAUGGUUCUUUUUUCAGUGAAACAACCUCGGCUGAAAAGCAUGGGAAAUUGGCCUCCGACAAAUACGAAUGUGAGAAAGGAAACAGAGUUAAGGAAGUGGAAAUAUGAGGGAAUAAAAAAAUUGAUGAUGUAGGUGCAGCUGUUUUUGUGAUUUGUUAAUAUCAAUUUGAUUAUCCCAUCAUCAGAAAGAGGAGGUGAGUUGGGAAAUUUUUGUCUGGGGUUUCAUUAUUUGUUGGAACCUUGGAUCUUAUUGUAACACUUCUAUGUGGAUUCUCUAAUUAUAUCAUUUAGUGACAAUAUAUGUAACUCCUUACUCCUUCUGUUUUUUCUCUACCUAGUACGUAAAAAAACCAAGUUCUCCCAAAA